UUCUUGUGGAGGCUGCUGAAUUUAGUGUCUUGCCUGACUCACUGGGCGGCCAUUGCCUUAUGGACGUACAGAGCCUACACCCACACAAGCUCCUGGACCAUGGUCAUCUUGUUGCCAGUUUCACUUGUCUUUGUCUCACUUGCCAGUUGGGACAACUAUUUCAUCUAUAAAAAUUCACCAAAAAAAGGAGAUGAUGGCUGUAGUGCACAGAUGAGGAAGUUUUUAAAGUUACUGACCAGAAGGACUAAAAUCUCCCUGUUGAUGAGCUUAUGGAAGAUUGGUUUUACAAUUGUUUACGCUGUCCUGUACUUCAGUGGGGGUGAUCAAGCAUGUGUGAAGACUAUAUUCUUGUUGCAAGAUUCCUCUAAAAACUGCUCAGUGUUUAAAGACCUUACUUUAUCCAAUGACGUGGAGAUUCUGGAUAUGCCAUACUGUAACACAUUGAUUCCCGUUUUCAUUGCUGUGUUUAGUGUUGUAGCCAGUAACGCUUGUUACAAGUUCAGUAAAUCUGCUUGUCAAGUUUUGCUGCAGACGACAAGUUUUGCCCUCCCCUUGUCCUUGGUAACACCUGUCACUUUUGGUAUUUUGUGCUUAAUGUACAAACACCCAGAAUAUUUACAGAAAUUUUUUGGAUGUGCCGUAUCCUGGUCUGAUGUGGGGACUGACAGUUCGCUAGCAGAAUACCUCAGCAACUUGCAGGAUAGAUACUGGAUCAUUGUGGGGGUGUUUGGCUACUUAUCAUUUCUCAUUGUCACAAACCAUGUCUGGACAUCCAAAGCUGAGAGGAUGGCAAGAACUGAGAAAUUGUUUGUUCAGCCUCUGUACUGUGGCAUUUUACUGGAACAAUCUAUCAUGGGCAACAGGCGUAGGUUUGAUAAUGAGCCAAAGGAGGAUAAGCAUAUCGCAAAGUGGAUGGAUGCUCCAUUUGGUGAAGAAUUUGUAAACCUAGAGGAGGCACGAUCUAAAUUAAGAGGGGAGAACACUCCCAUAAUUCAUGUCUGCGCCACCAUGUGGCAUGAAACGCAUAACGAAAUGAUUCAACUUUUGAAAUCCAUUUUAAGAUUAGAUGAGGACCAGAGUGCCAGAACAAAUGCUCAGCUUGGUUUUAAAAUAGAGGACCCGGAUUACUAUGAGCUGGAAGCUCACAUAUUUUUUGAUGAUGCGUUUAAACUCCAUCGUGAAAACGACACAAACUUCACUGUGAACAGUUUUGUUAAGGAAUUGGUGGCAGUGGUCAAUGUAGCAGUUAGCGCUGUCUACAACUCAGUGAUCAAACUGCCUCCACCCAAACGUUAUGAGACCCCUUAUGGUGGCAGGCUUCAAUGGAUACUACCAGGUGGCAACAAGCUGACGGCUCAUCUAAAAGACAAGAUGAAAAUUAGACACAGAAAAAGAUGGAGCCAGGUCAUGUACAUGUACUAUUUCCUGGGGUACCAACUUCUGUCCAGCAAUAAGAGCAGAAAAGAUAAAAGAAUUCAAGCAGACAACACAUUUAUUUUAGCUUUAGAUGGAGACAUUGACUUUCAGCCGGAUGCUGUAAAAAUUUUGGUCGACCGCAUGAAGAAAAACCCAGGGCUUGGUGCUGCCUGUGGGAGAAUUCACCCAGUUGGUGCAGGUCCCAUGGCGUGGUACCAGAAGUUUGAAUACGCCAUCAGCCACUGGCUACAGAAGUCCACAGAACAUAUGCUAGGGUGUGUCCUCUGUAGCCCCGGAUGCUUCAGCUUGUUCCGCGGCUCAGCCCUGAUGGAUGAUAAUGUGAUGAAACGCUACACCACGCCCCCUACAGAGGCCAGGCAUUACGUCCAGUAUGAUCAGGGUGAGGACAGGUGGUUGUGUACACUUCUGCUCCAGCAAGGCUACAGAGUUGAGUACUGCGCUGCCUCGGACAGCUACACGGUUGCACCUGAAGGCUUCAGUGAAUUUUAUAAUCAGCGCAGAAGAUGGACACCUUCAACUAUUGCAAAUAUUAUGGACUUACUCGAGAACUGGCGCAGUACAACCCAGAAUAACCCUGACAUUAAUAUUCUCUACAUUUUCUACCAGCUAGUCCUGCUAGCAUCAGGUAUGAUAACUCCUGGCACAAUUUUUCUGCUGAUCCUUGGAGCAAUCAACACGGCCUACCCAGAUAUCCCACUGUACGGAGCCCUACUCAUCAAUCUUAUACCUGUUGUCAUUUUUGUCAUUUUGUGCUUCAAAUCUAAUUCUAAAACUCAGUUGGCGUAUGCUGCCAUCAUAUCCUUGGUCUACUCCAUGCUGAUGAUGCUGGUCCUGGUGGGGCUGAUCAAGCAAGCUGCCACCUACGGCUUUUGUUCCGUCUCCACCAUCUUCCUUGUCACAGUCAUCAGUAUAUUUGUUGCUACAGCCCUUCUUCAUCCUAUGGAGUUUACAUGUCUGCUGCAUGGGUUUCUCUACUUCCUCUGCAUCCCAUCAACCUCCAUGCUGCUCAUCAUCUACUCCCUGGCCAACCUCCACGUUGUCUCCUGGGGCACCAGGGAAGUUCCCCAGGAACAAGCUCCAGCUCCUGAUCCAGGCCAAGACACAGAGAAGGGCUCAAAGCUGUUGGAAACCUUGACUGGGAACAAGAACAAUGCGUCUGCUUACAGCAUUUCCUUUGGUGACCUGUUCAGCUGUUUGUGCUGUCCUCGUAAGCAAGUCAACGAGUCUGAACUUAAGCUGCAAGCCAUCUUAGACAGGGUGGACAGCCUAGAGAAGAAACUCACAGGAUCCCCACACAAUAAGCUGCACAAACAACUGAGUUUCUCCAGUAACUUGAAGGGAGACAAUCCAGAUGGUACUAAUGAAGCUGAUGAAAUUGAUCGGCUACAAGAAAACAAACAGAGCAAGAUUACCUCCCCUUCCAAGUGGAUUGAUGAUGAAGACCUGGGCAAAGGUCAGGAAGAAAAACUGGACGAGAACGAGACUGAAUUUUGGACGACAUUCAUAGAAAAUUAUCUCAAGCCCCUGGAUACAAACCAAGCCCAUGAGGAGCAGGUGCAGAAGGAACUUCUAAAGCUCAGAAAUAAGUCGUGCUUGGCUUUCUUCAUCAUAAAUAUUCUAUUUAUAAUCCUGGUCUACACACUACAGACAAUAUCAGAGUACACAACAAACCUCUCCAUCAAGAUUCCAUGUGAGAUGGCUGGAUUCAAAGGAGAGAAAAUUGAGCCUAUUAGUGUGGCCUUCACCUUGGUAUUUGGGAUUAUGCUGACCUUGCAGUUUAUUGCCAUGCUGUUUCACCGCUACUCCACGAUGUUGCAUGUCAUUGCCAUCACUAACCUCAAGAAACCUAGCAAGAAGACUGGAAAAGACAAAGACAGUAGCGCACCCAGCCCAGAGGAAGCAGUCAGUCUGGCUAAAAAAAUGCAGGCGCCAAGUUCUGAUGGUGACACAAACUCUCUGGCGCCUACCAUUUCUGGUGAUGUCAGUGAAGAUGACAUUAGUGAAGAUGACAUUAGUGAUGAUGACACUAGAGACAUAAAGAAAACAUCAGAAACACCACCUGGCACUAUGAUCAGAAAAAAGAGCUACAGUGUUUUAAACCGCAUCAACUCCAGGAAACAUGUGGUCAAGGGCCCUCAGUCCUUGUCUAGAAACUUCCUAAAGCGGUACAACAAGCUGGCAAUACAACUACAUGAUUCAUCAACAGAUGAGAUUCAAGUGGAAUCUAUGGUCAACAAAGACAUUUUUAAAGGCUUUGAGAAAGAGAAUCUGUCCACCAUUGCCAAGCUGAGCCGCCACAAAGAGAUGAAGGAGCACAUUCUCAAGAGAUCUCACGACCUCAAGGGGAAGGUGCAGAAUGUCUUCGACCUGAUGAAAACAAAUCGAAAAAUGCUGCACAGAUCCUCGGCACCAAGCGCGCUGUCUGCCAUCCGGCGCUAUGAAGAUGGGUCAAGGUCACAGGUCGAGGCAGACGGCCAGGUCCCUAGAAUCAGGUCACAGAUUGAGGCAGACGGCCAGGUCCCUAGAAUCAGGUCACAGAUUGAGGCAGACGGCCAGGUCCCUAGAAUCAGGUCACAGGUUGAGGCAGACGGCCAGAUUCCUAGAAUCAGGUCACAGGUCGAGGCAGACGGCCAGAUUCCUAGAAUCAGGUCACAGAUUGAGACACGUGUCCAGAUAGAACGUGAAGCUGAAUCAGAGUGGACAGUUGGUCCACAACCCCGCCCACAACCCCGCCCACAACACACAGAGCCCCGCCCACAAGGUGUGUCGAGCAGGGAGGAAAAUAACACAGGCAGCUAUGACAUUGAGCUCGUAGAAUUAAAAUCAAGUCCCAGUGAAACCAGUGAUGGAUUUUUGUUAAGUGAGGCCCUCUAGCUGCCAAAUGGUUAAUUUUAAAAAUGUGUGGCUGCUAAAGGGUUAAUUUUUAGAAUUUGUGGUUGUAAAGAGUUAAUUUUUAACAUUUGCAGUGGCAAAAUUUACUGCUAAAAUUCAUAUAUGCUAAAGUUCGUAUAUGCUGAAGUAUUGAUUGAUUUUUAACAGCUGCAAAAAAAAAAUAGUCAAAAUGUUCAGCUGCUAAAGUGUUAACUACUAGAACAUUUAGCUAUUGAAGAGUUAACUGUAUGUUUGGCUAUAGCUGCCUCAUAUGAUGACUUGCCACAAUGUACAUAAACCUCAUUGUAUUCACUGUUUUAGUGCUGAACUUCUCAACUGACAUAAUGUUUGUGGAAUUACCAUUCACGUGAUAAUGCUUAUAUUAUGUAGACAACAAUAUAUCUUUACUGACAUAAUGUUUGUGGAAUUACCAUUCAUGUGAUAAUGCUUACAUUAUGUAGACAACGCUAUAUCUUUACUGACAUAAUGUUUGUGGAAUUACCAUUCAUGUGAUAAUGCUUAUAUUAUGUAGACAACGCUACAUCUCUACUGACAUAAUGUUUGUGGAAUGAGAUAAAAUUGCAUUGUAAUUAUUGACAUGAAUUAAUUAUUUUAGUGCUGUAUAAUAAAUUAAUUUUAUAACGACAAAGUUUAUAUAAACCUUGGGAUCAAGACCAGCCAAUGGGUAGAGAGGUUGUUCUGGUCAAGAUAUAAACAUUUGUCCAGUCUUGUAAAGUAGGUUUGAUUAGAGAGGUUGUUCUGGUCUAGAUAUAAACAUUUGUCCAGUCUUGUAAAGUAGGUUUGAUUAGAGAGGUUGUUCUGGUCAAGAUAUAAACAUUUGACCAGUCUUGUAAAGUAGGUUUGAUUAGAGAGGUUGUUCUGGUCAAGAUAUAAACAUUUGACCAGCCAAUGGGUAGAGAGGUUGUUCUGGUCAAGAUAUAAACAUUUGACCAGCCUUGUAAAGUAGGUUUGAUUAGAGAGGUUGUUCUGGUCAAGAUAUAAAUAUUUGACCAGCCUUGUAAAGUAGGUUUGAUUAGAGAGGUUGUUCUGGUCCAGAUAUAAACAUUUGUCCAGUCAUGUAAAGUAGGUUUCUCAUGGAUGGAGAACUUCACCUCACAUAUCAGAAGGUUUAAAUUGUUUUCAUUUUACACAAAAAUUGUAAAAAAAAUUCACUUGAAAUUAUCUAUAGCAAAAUGUCUGAAAAGUUUCAUUUAACUGAUGCGGUAGUUGUAGUAGGUUGUGAAUUACUACUCAGGGUUUGGAAAUAUUUAAUAGCAUUAUAUUUUGUUGUAUAAACUUAGAUUAAAUCUUGUAAAAAAAACUUUUGUAAAAAAUAUGUAACAUUAUUACUGUGUAUACUUUUGUUGAUUCAAGGUUGGCUACUGACAUGAUUUUGUUUUAUUCGCUUUAUAGAUUUUAUACCCCAUAAUGUAUGGUCAACUAAAUGUAUUGAAUCCAUAUGCAUGUCUCCUUACUCAUAUUUUAGGUGCUACAUACAAAAACCUACCCUCACGUGAGUUAUGAUCUAGCUCACUAAGCCUCGUAGGCCUAUAUAUAGCUCACUGCGGUAUAACAUUUGCAGGCAAGUCAAGGUUUAACCCCCAACCCCUGUACAUUUUAUUUUACACAACUAAAGGGAAAAAUUAUUUACAGGUAAGGGAAACAAUUUAGCAACAAAUUAAUGAAUCAUUUUAUAGAUUAUUUCCCUUAGGUUAAACAAGCAUUUGGGGGGGGGGAGGGGUGUGAGAAGCGUAGGUGGUGGGAAUGGGAUUUUUUUUGGUUUAAAAUAAUUUACAAGUCUACAGACCCACCCCUCCCUUUAACAUGAAACUAGUUGUGUUAAAAAGUGGGACUGUCAGUCGGACGACGAGACCCAUAAGCUAGACAUACACACACAUACACGCCAAUUAAUAUGGCAGGUUUUUAACAAUCUAUUGUUAUUUGUGAAAACAUGAAAAUAAUUUGUGUGUGAUUAUGAAUUCUGCUCUUUAUGCGGAGUCAAUGAUCAACAUAUAAAGAUGGGAGAAUGACUAGCCUACCAGGACAAUUAUAAAACAAGAAAAUCGAUGCAAUAAACAAUAUUUUUAAACUAUGAAGUGUACCCCAAGCAUUUCUAAACAUGAUUUUUAGGUCUACACUUUUAUACGUUUUUUAAAUAUAAUCUUUGCAGUUGUAUGUCUGAUCAAAUGCUUUCAGUUAUUAUAUGCCUUUUUAUCCACUUGGAGGGGAAUGAGAGGUUACAGGAAGGAAAGUGGGUUGCUACCUAGAGGAUGUUUCUUAAAUACAAAAGUACCUACAACAC